AUGACGAUCUACCACAAAGAUGGCCACGAAGAAGAGGUGGCGCUUGAGCUGGAAGGGAACGGGAUGAGUAGAAAGAACUCCAUUCUGGUGGAUAUGCUAAGCCCCGACGGUCCAACGAUUGAAUCUCACGAUGGUGGCCGUGAAAUUGAGCCUGCCAAUGACGAUGAUGUUCCUCCAAAUUCGGUGUUUUCUCACGCGAGCCCAGUGACUUCCAACUACCUUGCCUCUGCACCGCCUACGCCGCCUUCUCUUACCCUUCCCCAACCACCUCGCUUUGACACAGCGCUUCCAGAUGUAAGGUCAACCCCGGCCUUAGAGAGGCAGGGGCCAGAUCAUGAAAUUCUCGUGGCCAUCAGUGUUAAUGGACAUCCUGAAAAUUGA